GCGACCACAUGGAAUGAAUAAAAAACAAACGCGCGCCGAAAUUUCAAGGAGAUAGAAAAUGGUGAACAUCAACGAAAUCCAAUUGAAAAUCAACGAUUCUUUCGUGUUCCGAAGAUUUGAGAAAAUCGAUUGGAAGCAAAUUGCAUCUUUGAACAUGGAACAACUCAAAGUUAGUACAGACUGGGACAUCAUUGAAAAAAAUUUGUGCAAUAUUCUGUGCUGUCACUUGGAAUCUGAAUUUAAACAAUCUGACCUUGAUCCUAAUGUCUGCAAACUCUUCCAGUUGGCACAAAUAAGCAUCGAGUACCUGUUACAGAUUAGACAACAGAUUUUGACUGAGCUGCAGAAAUGUGAAGAGAAAAUGCAAACCAGCCAGUUGGCUCUUGGUGAAGCGAUUAAAGCAAAAGAGCAAGCUGAAAAGAAACUUAAAGAGCUUAAAAAGGAAAGUAAAAAACCAACUGAUCAGAAACAUUAUUACAGAUGUCCUGCUUGUCCUAAAACCUUUUUCAAUGGAGAAUACCUCCAUGGCCAUUGGCAGAGACGACACCCAGAAUAUGUUACUGUUAUCUCAUCAAACCCAGCAGCCCCAAGGCAGUCACCUGUCCAACCAUCAACACCAGUGAAAGAAACCCUUUUCCCCUGCCCCAGCAGUGACGUGUCAUCACCAAUAAAAACAAAUGAUGCAUCAGGAGGACCUUGUCAAAAUAAAGAAAUCAGUGAACUCAAGGAACGUUUGCAGUUGGCAGAAGCGCAGUUGCAAAACGAACAACAGCUACUUCAUUCCGUUAUAGAGAAGAUGGAAAAAUCUAACGUUAAUUUACAAGGCAUGCUCGCCCUAGAAGUUGAAAAAAUCUGUGCAACGUUACAGGAGAAAAAGGUUGAACAGCUAGUCAUUCCAGCAGAAGCUCCUUAUUCUCCUCAAAAAACGGUCCAAUCGUCCAGCGUUCAAACGACACCGCGAAUGUUUUAUCAAUCGGAGACGCCAGCUCCCACAUCUCCGCUGCAAAGAAGUCGCAUUACAAAUGAAAGUGUCGCUCAGGAUGUUAUAACCACUCCAACUCCAUCCGUCCGGUGCGUCUACAAGCCAGAGUCAAUGAGCUUGACUCGGAUUAGUAGCAGCCCCCAAGAAGAAGAUAAAUUAUUAAGCCAUUCAUCGCCCCCUUCAAGUGUUAGUGGACACUCUAGUGAAGAUGAGCAACCUCCCAUCGAAAUGACUAAACCAGAAAAGAAAAAAGGGCCUAAUAAAGUGAAUCGCCAGGUUUUAAUGGAUCGCUUCAAAAAGACAAUUGAAAAUGCUCUGGGACAGCGGAUGCAAUUGCUGGGAGUCGACGUGAACUGCAAAACCCUGUCCAACUCAGCAUUCCGUCUACUGUCGGAGAAGCUGAAGCCAAAUCAACACCAAACUGCCGAUUAUCUCCAGAUGCGCAAUCAAUUCGAAUCGCAGUUGAAAGAACGAUUGAAACAUAUUGGAGUUAAAUCUCCGGCAAAGAGCCAUGAGAAAGCGAAGCCCGUGAAUUCAAAGCCACUCCUAACCGUGGCAACUAAUAAUAGGCAAAAACGGCCAAAAAUGGAACGAGAACAAGAACAAGAUCAUCCGGUAAUAACGACGCCCGUUCGAGCUCCAGUGCCCACUCCACGAUCCAGGAAUCAGAUAACAGGACCGCCGACCUCAUUAUCUUUGAUGGCUCGAGAUGGAGAGGCUCAUUCGGUACUUCCGUCUAGCAGUGUCAAAGAACUGACUGCUCAUCUCGAACGUCAGAUCAAUGAAACCGUCGUGGUUGAUCCGCCUGUCAACAGUGUCAACAUUCUUCGCAAAUCGACGGUGAAAGAACCCGAAAAAGUAGAAACAGAAGAAGACAGUUUUUCGUUUUCCUCGUUGGAUGCGAUCUUGACGGAAUUGAAGAAACCCAACAGGUUUACAGGUGAAACAGCAGCGCCAUUGAGCGCAACCAAAUCCGUCCAGUGGCGGGUUCCAGUCGAAACUGCUCCCAAACCUGACGACGAUUCGACAUUGUGGGACUCGCCCUGAAAUUGUUUGGUGAGAGCAAAACGAACUUUUCUUUUUGGUGCGCCCAGUAGAUAAGAAUUACCAGCACAAAUGUUUAUAUUUAUGUGUCAGACCAUCACAGCAUUUAAAGCAACAGGCGCGUAGAUAAAAAGACACAGCACAUGAAACGCUUUUAAUGAUGUCUGUCAAACAUGGUGAGGAGAUAUUACAAUUUGUCUUUAAAGGCUGAAA